AUGUUUCGAAUUCCAGCCCUGCGUUUCGUGAACCAAACGGUGUUUUGCAAUGGGCAAACGGUGCGUCUUAUUUCCACCGGUGCACCAUCAUGCAACUCCAGUGACGAUCGCCGUCCUCCAUUACCGAUGAUCGAUUUGGAAGACAAAUCGCUUCCAAUUCCCGAAUAUAAGGAAAAGAAAAAUGAGCCCCUACAGUUGAAAAAAUCCAGAUUGCUUUACCAAUCCCGCAAGCGUGGAAUGCUGGAAAACGGACUUCUGCUUAGCACGUUUGCCGCAAAGCAUCUAUCGGGAAUGGAUGCAGCACAGACGAAACUAUACGAUCGUUUGAUAAAUCUCCCAACAAACGAUUGGGACAUUUUCUACUGGGCAACUGGUGUAAAGCCGACUCCUUCCGAGUACGACAACGAGGUGAUGAACAUGCUCAAGGAACAUGUGAAAAACACCAAUCGAGAGCAAAGAUUCAUUCAGCCUGAUCUUUACGCCAACGCCAACUAAUAACACCCGAUUGUAGAUUGAAUUAUUUAUUAAACUUAAUAUAAACA